CCCGGACAAAACGGGGCGAGAGCGCAUGGAGAGCAGAGAGGAGGAGAGGAAGGGCAGCGGUGGCGCCGCCGCCGGCGGCGGCUCGACCCCUGGGGCGAAUCUAAGGGACCUGGUGUCGAGGGAAUACUACGGCCACAAGAAGAAGGUGCACUCUGUAGCAUGGAACUGCCUAGGCACAAAGCUUGCUUCAGGAUCGAUCGAUCAUACCGCACGUGUCUGGAGCAUUGAUCCACAUGUCCAUUCUAAGGUUAAAGAUAUUGAACUGAAAGGCCACACAGAUAGUGUAGAUCAGCUUUGCUGGGAUCCAAAUCAUCCUGAUACAGUUGCUACUGCAGCUGCUGACAAAUCUAUUCGUCUUUGGGAUGCUCGAAGUGGAAAAUGUCAAGUUGUUGAACUUAGUGGAGAAAACAUCAACAUCACAUAUAAACAUGAUGGCACUCAGAUAGCUGUUGGAAACAAGGAGGAUGAGCUGACGAUAUUGGAUGUUAGGACACUUAAAGUUGCUAAGAAACACAAGUCUACUUACGAGAUGAAUGAGAUUGCUUGGAAUAAAGCUGGAGAUCUAUUCUUCAUUACUACUGGGUUAGGGCACGUUGAGGUGGUUAAGGAUCUUGAGUUUUUAAAGCCCUGCAAGCUGAAUGCUCAUACAGCAGGGUGUUAUUGCAUUGCAAUGGAUCCACUUGAUAGGUAUUUCGCUGUUGGAAGUGCAGAUUCACUUGUCAGUCUUUGGAAUGUCAAAGAGUUGUUAUGCAUUAGAACCUUCACAAAACUUGAGUGGCCUGUAAGAACAGUUAGCUUCAGUCAUACUGGAGAAUUCAUUGCAUAUGCCAGUGAAGAUCCUUUCAUUGACAUUGCCAAUGUUGAGACUGGACGAUCAAUUCAUCAGAUUCCAUGUAAAGCAGCUAUGAAUAGCGUUGAAUGGAAUCCUAAGUACAACCUCCUGGCCUAUGCGGGAGACGACAAGAACAAGUAUAUGACUGAUGAAGGUGUUUUCCGGGUAUUUGGCUUCGAAACACAUAAUUGAUGCUGACUUAGACUACCCUCAUAUAGAAUGGUUUGCAUUGUAGAUUCACUUUCGAAUUUUGUUUACACUGAUACAUUUUGUAGAUGUUCAGUGUAACUUGGAUGCUAAUCAAUCUUCUGCCGGCUUGAACUGAACGUCAUUGUUGUAGUGUAUCACAGGAUACCCAUGUGACUAACGUAUUUCCGGGAUCCAAUUCUAUUUUUAUUACACUUACUUUUUAUUAUAGUAUGGAGAUGUAUUCAUUUUCUUUGAAUUGAUUUUGAUCCGCAAUACUAUCGAAGUAAAAAGGGAUCUAAGU